CAUUCUUUGCACUGAUCAUGUUUUUAGUUCUUAUCUACUGUCAUUUUCUUAUCAGCUCCUACCCUCAAAGAUAAAGAAGAAAAACAAAAGAUGUUUUCCCAAAAGUGUGUCCCUUUCCUGACUAAUUUUUGCCGGAGAUCCCUUUCCUCAAUUUCAUCAAUCCCUCUAGAAAUUCGAAUUGUUGAAGUUGGACCCCGUGAUGGUCUUCAAAAUGAGCCAACUAUACUUCCAGCAGCAACCAAAAUCACUCUAAUCGAUCAACUAUCUGAAACAGGCCUCCAAACUAUUGAAGCUACUAGUUUUGUAAGUCCAAAAUGGGUUCCCCAAAUGGGUGAUAAUUCGGAAGUUCUUCAAGGAAUCCGACGUAAAUCAGGAGUCUCUUAUCCCGUCCUAACACCGAAUAUUAAAGGCUUCAAAAGUGCUCUUGCUGCUGGUGCCAAAGAGGUUGCUAUCUUCGGAGCAGCAUCAGAUUCUUUUUCUCGCAAAAAUGUAAAUUGUACUGCUGCUGAGAGUAUCGAGAGAUUUCGACCAAUUAUUGAGGAAGCUAAAAAAGCCAAUGUCAAGGUUAGGGGUUAUGUUUCUACUGUGAUAGGUUGUCCCUACGAGGGAGUAAUUAGUCCUCUAGCAGUUGCAAAAUUCGUUGAUACUAUGUUUUCCAUGGGUUGCUAUGAGAUAUCACUUGGAGACACAAUUGGUGUUGGUACACCUGGCACAUUCCGUAAGAUGCUCAACGAAGUGGUUAAAGUUGUUCCAGUUGAUAAAUUAGCUGUCCAUUGUCAUGAUACUUACGGACAAGCACUUCCAAAUAUCUUAACUUCUCUGGAUUAUGGUAUAUCUGUUGUGGAUUCAUCAAUUUCUGGCUUAGGUGGUUGUCCAUAUGCCAAAGGAGCCUCUGGCAAUGCAGCUACAGAAGAUGUUGUAUAUAUGUUACAUGGAAUGGGAAUUAAGACUGGAAUCGAUCUGGAUAAACUUAUCGAUGUAGGGAAAUUUAUAUGUGCUGAAUUGGGAAGACAAUCAGAGUCGAAAGUCAAUCGGGCUUCAAGAAGAUAAACUUGAUGAAGUCUUGGAAACUCAAUCAAUAGCUAAAGAAUCAAAUAAUGAAGAUAUUAGGGGGGAAUUAUGAAGAAAAUUGCAUUUAUAAACAUUAGGUUUAGUUUUUUUUUAUACUGUACAAUUUUUGUUUUAAAUAAAAGAAUCUUUUAAGCAUAUACUUGGUAUAACAAGGUA